AUGACAGACUCCAAAGAAGCUCUCCUGUCCCACAUGGAAGACUUCGAUACCACCGAAUCCGACCCACCCCCAGCCUACGACAAACCGGUCCUCAAAGCCAACCGCGGGGCACCACUGCCACGCCCACCACCCCUCAACCUCCCAGCUCUAAACAACCUCCGCAACGAACGCGUAAUCCUCGCCUCACAAUCACCCCGUCGCAAGCACAUAAUCUCAUUCCUGGGUCUCCCAAACAUAGAAAUCAUCCCCUCAAACGCCGCAGAAGACCUAUCAAAAAGCCUCAGCCCAUUCGAGUACGUGCUAGCAACAGCGACGAAAAAGGCUCAAGCAGUCUACGAGCAAGAAAUCAACAACGAGAUCAAGGGCGAGCCGGCCUUAAUUCUAGCCGCAGACACGGUCGUCGUGGACCCGUCUACAGGCUCGAUUCUCGAAAAGCCCCGCUCUGAAGCACACCACAUGACCAUGCUGCGCUCGCUGCGUGAUAUCCGAGACCACAAGGUCUACACGGCUGUUGUGGCUAUGGCGCCGUUGGCUAGUGCGCGGGACCCGGGGUAUGCCAUUGAGAGUACGGUCGAGGAGACAUCGGUGCGGUUUGAUGGUGAUGUUACGGAUGAGUUGAUUACGGCUUAUGUGCGCACGCGGGAGGGCGCGGAUAAGGCUGGUGGAUAUGGGUUGCAGGGGCUUGGUUCUAUUCUUGUUGAGAAGAUUGAUGGCAGUUAUGACAAUGUUGUUGGGUUGCCGCUUAAGGCAACGCUCAAGAUUAUUGAGGCUGUUAUGCAGAGUGCGGACGAUGAUGAUGGGUUGCCUGGGGAUGGUGAGGAGAGUGAGGAUGACGAGUGA